AUGAGCGUGGGUGGAAUAGUACCAGGCCCCAGUCAGCAAAUCGUGACCGAGAAGAAGUUUCCUAUGCUCGAACGAUAUCGCACCGAUCUCAGUGUGCUGCAUGGGUUACCUACCAAGUUUUGGAGUGAACCAAGUGCUGAUGGGUUUAUGGUACGUGGACCACAAUAUCUAACCUCAAAAACGAAGGUGCCGUCGACGCGUCAAGCCUGUCGACUAGUGAACGUGGAGUUGUACAAGUCCAAUGAGGCGAUUGAACACAUCGGAGUGUCAUCUUUCGUUGGAGAUGGUUUCGAUACUACGGAUUCUACCGUGGAAGAUCAUCCGUUUCUCUUCAUUAUCAACUUUAUACUUCCUGGCACACCACAUCACUCGGUGGUGCUGUAUUUUACACCGGAAGAUCCGUCCGAGUUGAAGAAAAAUUCGGUGUUUGCUGAUCUCUGUCAUGAGGUGCUACGUGGGCCCAGCGACGAGCUCCGUACGCAGCGUAUCAAGCUGAUUCCGCGUGUGGUGCAAGGUACGUGGCCUAUUCGCGAAGGAGUGGGUACUACGCCGGCCAUUUUAGGCACCAAGAUUUACCAGAAAUACUAUCAAGGCAAGAAUUAUCUUGAAGCGGACUACGACAUCGGCAGCAGUACAGGUUGCCACAGGGGUGUUGAACCUUUUGCUGGGCUACUCUCUGUCAUGGAACUACCUGAGCGCGUAUUGGGCACUGUGCGUCUGGAUUGUGUUGACUUGCGUCAUGCAGUCCCAUUUACGAAGAAAAUGGGUAAAGACAAGAAAAAAUAA